AUGAAGUUUCACACUGCUCUGCUGGCCGUCUUGGCUGCUACCCCAAACCCUGCCACGGCCGAUUUCGUGCUCAGGCAUGGUCAACCCUCGUCAGUCGGUAUGCUGGCGAAACCACUCAAGGACAUGGUAGAGAAUAUCACCGAGUACAGCAAGCCAAGGAACUACGGCGACGCAUCCCACAAUGAAGUCCGAGCUGUCGAGCCCGGAUCUGCAAACAUUGUGGCUCGUCAUGGAGUCAUAGUGAGCGCCUUUGCUACGGGCAAGAGGAAUCUGUACGCCGACGCCAAUGGCACCCUACUCGAUCCGGCAGACCAGGAGGAUGCCACUCUGGACACCGUCUACGAUCUUGCCAGCAUCUCGAAACUGUUUACCGCAGUUGCUGUGCUUCGGGAGGUUGAUUCUGGCCGCGUCAAGCUUGAGGAGAAUGUCGCUACCUAUCUCCCCGAGUUUGCAGCUAAUGGCAAGGGCAACAUCAAGGUCAUCGACCUGCUCACCCACACCAGCGGCUUGAUGCCCUUGCCGGUUCCUGACCUCUGGAAGUCGUACUACUCGUCAAUCGACGAGCGAGUUCACACACUGCUCACUCUGGCUCCUCAGGAGCCGCGCCGCACCAAGUUCCUCUACUCCGACAUCGGUUUCAUGACUCUGCGCUACCUCCUGGAGCGUGUCACUGGCAUGAACCACGAGCUGCUCAUCUAUGCGUACACAAUCCCUCUGGGUAUGCGAUCGACCUUCUUCAACCGCGGCAACCUCGAAGGCCCUCUCAACCCCUUCCACAACCGCACUGCCCCAACUGAGUUUGAGAUCGAGGCCCAGGGUCCGGAGGAGCCCAAGCGCCCACAACCCGUCCGUGGCACUGUCCACGAUGAGAACACUUGGGCGCUCGGCGGUGUGUCGGGCCACGCAGGUGUCUUCUCCACGGUGGGCGACGUCGCCAUCUUCUGCCAGAUGAUCCUGAACAACGGCAUCUACAACGGCCACCGGGUGCUGUCUAAGAAGGCCGUGGAUCUCAUUUUCACCGACUUCAACGCCCAAUUCCCCGGAAACAACUAUGGCGCUGGUUUCGCGCUCAACCAGACAUACACUCAGGGAAGCAUGCAGAGCAUGAAGACCGCUAGCCAUGCGGGCUUCACUGGAACCACGCUCGCCAUCGAUCGUCCCUCUGGUACCUUCUGGCUCCAUUUCGCGAACCGUGUUCAUCCCAGUAGACAUUGGGCCACCAACAACCCGGCCCGACGGGCUAUGGGUUACUGGGUUGCCAAGAGCCUGGGGCGAAAUGUGCCAUGGCCGAACUAA